GUCUAACGUUCUGGAAUGAAAGCUCGGCUUGGGUGUGUUGGAAUUCCACAGCUAGCCUAGCUAGUAGUCUCACGUUUCCGUGUGUCUUCGCUGGCUGUCAGAGGAUGCCACAGCAGCCCUACUAUGGCUCAGACCCAGGAAGCUCUUGAGGACUCAGAGGGACUGCAGAACACAGAGGGAUUACAAUUAGAGGUGGAGGAGGGGGAUUUGGGACCCGGCGACCCCCAAGACUGGAGCCAGGACGAGGCGAGGAAGUGGAGCGGAGGUGGGAGUGACAUCCCCUCGUCGGAGGAGUACUUUGACUCGUGUUCAUGGAACAGUGACACGUUGUGUGACACGCUGUCGGACCUGAGCGCGGACUGCAGCGAGGACUCUCUGUCUGCCACACUGGGGGUGGAGGACGUACACACGGGAUGGAAGAACAACAGCCACCACACCGCUGGGCACUGCAGAGCCAGACACACAGCAGAGAGGAGCCAGCACAACCACAGCACAGAGAACACAGAGACUCACGUAUGCAGACGCAGCACAGAGAAACAGCCCAGCACAGAGAAACAGCCCAGCACAGAUACAGCACAGAGUCAGCCUUGCAACACAGAGAUAACAAACACAUACAUGAACACAGAAAAAUACAGCGUCGAGAUUCAUAACCAACAACACAGCACAGAGAAACUCACAGAGAAGAAGCAACACAAACACAGCACAGAGGCAGAACCCCAGCGUAGCACAGAGAAACACAGCACAGAGACAGAACCCCAGCGUAGCACAGAGAAACACAGCACAGUGGUUCAUGUCACUCAAAUCAACGGUCAUCAGAAAACACUAAUACACCAGACAGAGUCCCACAGACAAAAUUGCCCAGCCGGACACCAGCUCGACAUCUCACAAAGCACAGAAACGUUUACACAGAGAAACAGCACAGAGACACAAACGCAGAGCAGCACAGAGAAAUGGUGCACAGCGUUAGCCAACACAGGUAAAACAGGGAAAGAGAGCACAGGGUUAGCCAACACAGGUAGAACAGGGAAAGAGAGCACAGGGUUAGCCAACACAGGUAGAACAGGGAAAGAGAGCCCAGGGUUAGCCAACACAGGUAGAACAGGGAAAGAGAGCACAGGGUUAGCCAACACAGGUAGAACAGGGAAAGAGAGCACAGGGUUAGCCAACACAGGUAGAACAGGGAAAGAGAGCACAGGGUUAGCCAACACAGGUAGAACAGGGAAAGAGAGCACAGGGUUAGCCAACACAGGUAGAACAGGGAAAGAGAGCCCAGGGUUACCCAACACAGGUAGAACAGGGAAAGAGAGCACAGGGUUACCCAACACAGGUAGAACAGGGAAAGAGAGCACAGGGUUAGCCAACACAGGUAGAACAGGGAAAGAGAGCCCAGGGUUACCCAACACAGGUAGAACAGGGAAAGAGAGCACAGGGUUACCCAACACAGGUAGAACAGGGAAAGAGAGCACAGGGUUAGCCAACACAGGUAGAACAGGGAAAGAGAGCCCAGGGUUACCCAACACAGGUAGAACAGGGAAAGAGAGCACAGGGUUAGCCAACACAGGUAGAACAGGGAAAGAGAGCACAGGGUUAGCCAACACAGGUAGAACAGGGAAAGAGAGCCCAGGGUUACCCAACACAGGUAGAACAGGGAAAGAGAGCACAGGGUUACCCAACACAGGUAGAACAGGGAAAGAGAGCACAGGGUUAGCCAACACAGGGAUAUGUAAUCAACAUAGCAUGGAUAUACAACAUAUAUAUCUGCUGUCCACUCUGCACAGUGUAGAGAAACAUAAUUCACAAAUACACAGCAGUCACCUGGAGCAGGUAAGCCUUGCCAGCCAGAAUAAGUGUAGUACCAACAGACAGGUGAAACACAACCAGCACAUUGUAGAGACACACUGCAUAGACACACACAACGCAACAGAGACACACUGCAUAGACACACACAACGCAACAGAGACACACUGCAUAGACACACACAACGCAACAGAGACACACUGCAUAGACACACACAACGCAACAGAGACACACUGCAUAGACACACACAACACAACAAAGACACACUGCAUAGACACACACAACACAGCCAAACCAGACACACACCGCAGACUCACACACAAAACAGCCAAAUCAGACACAUACUGUGAAAUUAUUGCAGAGCCCAGUACAGAAACACACACCACAGACACAAUCUGUAUGGACACACAACGCACAGAGAGGAGUAGGCCACCCACCACAGAGGCAGAGAGGAGUAGUCCACCCACCACAGAGAGGAGGAGUCCACCCACCACAGAGAGGAGAAGAGCACAAGGUGUGUGUCACAACCAGAAACUCAGCAGAGCCACCUGA